UGGGUGAACUAACGUUACCCCUUUAACGGGAUUUCCAUCGUAGACUGCGGCGCCACCGCGCGCUUCUUUGUUGUAUUACAUAACGCCUUAUGUCGCAAUGUAAAUGACGUAAUCACCCGGCGACUUCCCUGCUCUUUAUUGUGUUUACUAGCCGUCCACAUCGUCCAAAGAUGCCUCGAAUAUGUGCUAACAAAUAAUCUGUACGCAUUUUUGUAACGUUAUGGAUUGGUGGAUGAUUUAGCGUCGACUCUGAUAUCUGCAAAAAUGAACAAAGGUUGGCUGGAGUUAGAAAGCGACCCGGGGUUAUUCACACUCUUGGUGGAGGAUUUUGGUGUGAAGGGUGUUCAGGUGGAGGAGAUCUAUGACCUACAGAGCAAAUGUCAUAGUCCCGUGUACGGCUUCAUCUUCCUCUUCAAAUGGAUCGAAGAGCGAAGAUCUCGGCGCAAAGUCUCCACGCUGGUGGACGAAACCUCUGUUAUCGAUGAUGAGAUUGUUAAUGACAUGUUUUUUGCACACCAAUUGAUCCCAAACUCGUGUGCUACUCACGCCCUGCUCAGUGUGCUUCUGAACUGCAGUGGUGUGGAGUUGGGAACCACUUUGAGUCGGAUGAAAGCUUUCACCAAAGGCUUCAGUCCUGAGAGUAAAGGUUACGCCAUUGGAAACGCUCCUGAACUAGCGAAAGCUCACAACAGCCAUGCAAGACCGGAGCCUCGUCACCUGCCAGAGAAACAGAACGGCAUCAGUGCCGUCCGCACGAUGGAGGCGUUUCACUUCGUCAGUUACGUGCCGAUUAAAGACCGACUGUUUGAGCUGGAUGGACUAAAAGCGUACCCCAUCGACCAUGGGCCGUGGGGAGAAGAUGAGGAGUGGACGGAUAAAGCCAGACGAGUCAUCAUGGAGAGGAUAGGACUUGCGACAGCAGGAGAGCCGUACCACGACAUCCGCUUCAAUCUGAUGGCGGUGGUUCCCGACCGCAGGAUAAAAUACGAAUCCAAGCUGGACGUCCUGAAACGAAACAGGCAGAUUAUACUAGAAGGUCUCCAGCAGGUUAGAGACAAGAAAGUGAUACGGGUGUCCCAACAGGAGUCAGGCCAAGAUCGUAAACAGCAAGACUCCUCCUCUUCUGAAGACACGUCCCCCGCUGUGAAAAAGGAGGAGGGGUCUGAUGCACAGACAGCGUUGGUUACGGAGCAGGCUCCGCCCACAGAAACUCAGGAAGGUGCCGCUGUACCAAGCCCUGCUAGCAAAGGCAAAACCAUGGCUAAACCCCCUGCCCCGCCCACAGGGGGUGCUCCACCGCAAGCCCCUCUGCCUGUUGCCAGCCCCAACCCCAUCGUCCAGCGUCUGCCAGCCUUUUUAGACAACCACAACUAUGCCAAGUCUCCUAUGCAGGAAGAGGAGGACCUGGCUGCCGGUGUUGGCCGCCCACGUGUCUCCGGCCCUCCUCAGCCCACAUAUUCAGAUGAUGAUGACUAUGAUGAUGAAGAAGAGGAGUGCAGCACUACAGGUGCUUCCAGCAGGUUCCGGCGCAAGACGAGUCUCCGCCCUCGAGCCGUGGGCCGAGGCGGGGUGAGCGGGGUUACAGCCAUGGAGGGUCAGCUGGCGCUCAGCGUUUUAGCUGAAAAACUGAAGAAGGAAGCUCAGAGGAAGGACGCCAGCGGGUCUGCGACUCUGAACGUGCGCACCGAGGGUCGGACGGGCGGGAUCAGCAUCACCUCCGCCUGCCAGCCAUCGCCCACGCCCAGUAACGAAAGCACCGACACGGCAUCGGAGAUCGGCAGCGCGUUCAACUCGCCGUUACGCUCGCCUGCCCGUUCGCAGGCCGCCACGCGUCCCUCCAGCCCCGUGGCGUCCCACCUCAGUCGCGUACUGUUUGGGGAGGAUGAGGGGCUGCUGAGGUUAGAUGCGCGACACAACCGUGCCGUUCGAGACUUGGGGGCAAUAGUGAGCUCUACGCUACUGCAUCUCCUGGAGGAUAGACUUGUAUACGCAAUGCCUCCUACAGAAACAUUGGAAGGGUUAAAAAAAGAGGACGGUGUGGUGGAGAAAACAGAGAAGGAGGAGGCGACGGCUGCAACAGAAGGGGAGGAGGAGGUAAAAGAGGGACCAUCGGUGGAGGUGAAGCAGGAGGACAUUAAAGAAUCCGCAGACGACAAACCCGACAAAGAAAAGUCGUCCGUUGACCCGGAGAGCAACAGCAAACCUGCUGGAGAAAAAUACACACCAAAAGAGUUACUGGCCUUGCUGAAGUAUGUGGAAGCAGACAUCGGCAAUUAUGAAGUGUGUUUAAAAGAGGAAGUGGAGAAAAGAAAGAAGUACAAGAUCGAUGACCAGAGAAGAACUCACAACUACGAUGAGUUUAUUUGCACCUUUAUCUCAAUGCUGGCGCAAGAAGGUAUGUUAGCAAGUCUGGUGGAGCAGAACAUCUCCGUACGUCGCAGACAGGGCGUGAGCAUCGGCCGACUCCACAAACAACGCAAACCUGAUCGACGGAAACGCUCGCGGCCGUACAAAGCAAAGCGCCAAUGAAAGCUUGAGAAGAUAUAAACGGUGUCCCCUUCUGUAAAUAUUGAACAAUUGCCGAAACAUCAUUCAGAGGUUCUUCUGAAGACUGAAACUAUACCGAGACACCUCAUUAACAGUGUUAGCAAUGAUACCUGUAAAAAUAUUAUUCUUCAAAUUUGGUUGUUUGACAUCAUCUGCCCAUUAACAUGCAAAAAAAAAAUUAAAAUGCUGGCGAUACUCAAGAGAUGUUUUGACCGUUCAGCUUGACAUUUCUGUGAUCUGUUCGCAUUGAACCGCACCCCUCAUUGCCAAAUACAAAUAUCUUGUACUGUAUCAAACUAAUUGUAAACCAGCAAUCAUGUGGGCAUCCCACUGGGAAAAUUAAAUCCCCAUCCAUGGGUGCUUGGAUUGAGUGCUGGAAUUAUUCAUGGUCUGGAGCUGUAAGAAAUUUACAGCAAGGACUACCAGAGCAUUCGAUCUUCAGUAGUCCAGAUUUACGAUCUCAGUACUGUGUAUCAUGCUGUGUGCUUGUGAUGAAACUAAAUGGACCAAUUGCCAAUCAGAACCGUUGCUUUUUGUAGUGAAAAUGCGGGUUUGCGGUCAUCUGUUCUUUUCAUAUAUGUUUGUAUACAAAAACAAGCUGUGGUUGAUACUGAUACUUUAAGAUGUUUUAAGAUUGUUAACCUUACCUACUGAAAAUACAGCUAAAACCAGCAUACAAUCUUGGGUUGGUCUCCUAGCCUGGUUUUAGCUGGUGUAGCAGGCUGGUUUUCGAGGGUUUUUAGCUGGCUGAAAGACCAUCUGACCCACCAGCUUGAACAGGUUAGAAGCUGGACUA